CACCUCAACCUCAACCUCAGCCUAUGCCUCAACCCCAACCAAAACCAGCACUAACACCUGAGCCUCAACCCCAACCAAAACCAACACCAACACCCCAACCUCAACCUCAACCUAUGCCUCAACCGCAACCAAAACCAGCACCAACACCUCAGUCUCAACCUCAACCUCAACCUAUGCCUCAACCCCAACCAAAACCAGCACCAACACCUCAGCCUCAACCUCAGCCUAUGCCUCAACCUCAACCCCAACCUAAACCAGCACCUCAACCAAAACCAACACCAACACCUCAGCCUCAACCUCAGCCUAUGCCUCAACCCCAACCAAAACCAGCACCAACACCUCAGCCUCAACCUCAGCCUAUGCCUCAACCCCAACCAAAACCAAUACCAACACCAACACCUCUACCAAAACCAAAACCAACACCAACACCUCAACCGAAGCCCCAACCUCAGCCCACACCAAAGCCAACACCUCAAACUCCUCAGCCUCAGCCCACACCUCAGCCAAGACCUCAACCUCAACCCCAACCAAGGCCAACACCUCAACCUCCACCUCAACCAAAGCCUCAACCUAAGCCACAACCACCUUCGAUACAAACACCAAAAAUUAUUAACGUUGAUGAUUUUGGAGCAAAAGGGAAUGGCCAAGAUGACGCAACGGCAUUUGAGAGAGCAUGGGAAGAGGCUUGUUCAUCCAACGUUACUGUUACUUUAAUGGUUCCUCAAAAUAACAACUAUUUGCUUAAACCAAUUGUCUUUCAAGGCCCCUGUAAAUCAAAUGUGACAAUUCAAGUGAGUCUUUUAUUUAACGUUAUAUUAAUUUUACAUAAUGAAUAUAGCAUAACCAACAUUAUUAACUAUAUACACAUAUAUAUUUAUUAUGAUGAUCAGAUUGAGGGAACAAUAGAAGCAUCAACAGAUCGAUCAGACUAUAGUGGUGCACAUGAAAGAAAUUGGCUUAUGUUCCAAAAUGUUAACAAUUUAAUAGUUGAAGGUGGUGGAACCAUUAAUGGCAAUGGACAUCUUUGGUGGGAUCUCUCUUGCACCACAAACAAAACACCUUCUUGCAUCACUAGAGCACCAACGGGUUUGAGUUUUGUGAGUUGUAAUAAUUUGGUUGUGAGAAAUAUAAAUGUAAGAGACUCACAGCAAAUGCAAGUCAUGUUUGUGAAUUGUAACAAAGUCAAAGCUUACAAUCUGACAGUGACAGCACCAGCCCAUAGUCCCAAUACAGAUGGGAUACAUGUAACACAUUCUCAAGACAUUGAAAUUUCCAAUUCUGUUAUUGGAACAGGUGAUGAUUGUAUUUCAAUUGUGAGUGGAUCCAAAAAUAUUACAGCUACAGAUAUAACAUGUGGACCAGGUCAUGGAAUAAGUAUUGGAAGUUUGGGAGGUGGACACUCAGAAGCUCAUGUUUCUGAUGUAUUUGUUCGUCGAGCUCAAUUUUAUGAAACAACUAAUGGAGUUCGAAUUAAGACUUGGCAGGGAGGUGUUGGAGACGCAAGCAACAUUACAUUUCAAGACAUUGAAAUGCAUAAUGUUCGAAAUCCCAUUGUAAUUGAUCAAAACUAUUGUGCUCGUAGUACUACACCGUGCCAAGAACAGGAGUCUGCAGUACAAGUCCGAAAUGUUUUAUAUCAAAAUAUUAGAGGUACAAGUGCAGACGAAGUUGCAAUAAAAUUCGAUUGCAGCCAUAGCAUUGAAUGUGAAGGAAUUGUUCUAGAAGAGAUCGACCUUCACAUUCAUAGUCACCGUCGGAGUAACAGACACAAUAGAGGAGAUGGAGAUACUGAAGCUGUAUGUAGAAACAUACACUUCACUAACAUUGGACACGUUUUUCCUUUGUGUCCUAAUUAUUAGAAUUGUUAGGCUAAUUUUAGUUGAUUUGUUUAUUAGUCAUUUGUAUUAGUAAUUUUUUUUAUUUUAGUUUUCAGUGUAUAGUUAUAGUUAUAUUUUUUUGUUCUCUAGUUUCAAAUUACUCUUGUUCUAAAUAUGUCAUGCUUUCUAUCAAUAUAAGUUUAUAACUUUUUUUUUUUCUAGAAUAUGAAGAUUUUGUAAUCUUGGAAUGAUUCAAAGGAAUUUCCUAUUAUAACAGUUAUUAUUAUAGAAUUAAA